AUGUGGAUUUCAACUUCGGCCGUCUAUUUUAUUUCUCUCACUGCCUCGAUCCUGCUAUAUAGAGGAUUUUUGCAUCCUCUCGGACACGUACCGGGCCCUUUCGCCGCCUGUCUUUCCAAACUGUGGGCGGUUGCUAUCACUCUGGGCGGCCGAAAUCACGUCACGAUUCUGGAAUUGCAUGCCAAGUAUGGUGACUUCGUUCGCAUUGGCCCUAACGAAGUAUCUCUCUCGAAUGUUGAGGCGAUUCAGCAAAUAUAUGGUCCGAGAAGCACGUACAAGGGCGUUCCUCGGCCGGCACACUCCGAAUCGUUGAUGUCAAUCCGCUCUCAUGCUGAACAUUCACAAAGGCAUAAAAUUUGGGAUCGUGCUUUCACAACACGCGCCCUCAAAGAUUAUCACCCACUGCUUUCGAAUCGGGUUCGUCAGCUCAGCGAUCGGCUUGCGUCCGAAUGUCUAAAAGGGACAGUGGAUAUUGGCAAAUGGUUUAACGCCUGUGCGUUCGAUGUUAUGGGUGACCUUGCUUUUGAUAGCGGGUUCGACAUCGUCCAGAAGGGUGAUAUCGAUGGAUACUCCCGAACGUUGAAUGAAGCUGUACGAAUUGGUGCCAUAUUCAUUAAUCUCCCAUGGACAGCGGUCAGUGCCAAACUGCCUUGGCUUCCGGUAGCGUGCAAGAAAGCCAAGCUCGAGCGGUUCGCUCAGCAGCAAGUUCGUAAACGGCAGGCAAAGGUUGCUUAUCGAAAAGAUCUCUCAUACUGGCUGGUAUGUGCCAGCGGUGCCGCAGCCGUCACCUGUGCGACUCAAUUCUCUCCAGCCGAAGCGGUUCUGGUUAUUGUCGCUGGAUCUGACUCAACUUCGCUGGUUGCCUUCUUCCUCCUCUACUUCCUCGCCCAACAUCCCUCCGUCCUCAAUCGCCUUCGUCAAGAGAUACAGGAUGUGUACAUUACACAUGGUGAACUGACCAUCAAUCAUUUGAAUGAGCUGCCGUAUCUUAAUGCUUGCAUUAAUGAGUCGUUGAGGCUAUUUCCUCCCGUUCCCAAUGGUCAUCCUAGGCUCGCACCGAAAGGAGGUGCAACCGUCGGGGGUUACUUAAUUCCCGAGGGCACAACAGUGAUUGUCCCUGCCUACACCAUCCAUCGUGAUCCGAGAUACUGGACUGAACCCAACGCCUUCCGGCCCGAGCGUUGGUUGCCUGAAGGAGUAAUGGAAGGCUGGCAUCAUGACACUAGAGCAUUCGUCCCCUUUUCGUAUGGCCCAUACAGCUGCAUCGGCCGGAACCUCGGCCGGCAAGAGAUUCGACUCACUAUUGCUGCUGUCAUCCAACGUUUCGAUUUCCAGCUGGCGGCGGGAUUCGAUGCACGGGCAUUUGAACAGCAGAUUACCGGCGAGUUCUUACUGACUCGGCCCAUGCUGCCCAUGUUGCUUCGCGAACGUACAAAAUGUGAGCGCGGAUGGCACCAAGACAGCUCGUGCUGA